AUGGAUGAGCAACACGAAAGUCAACCUUCUUCAACCAAAGUCGACAGAAAGAUUGUAGAGAAAAACAGGCGAAGCCAAAUGAAGAAUCUUUAUUCUGAACUCAACUCUCUUCUCCCUAGUUAUAACCCCAACUUUUUUGAUGAAUUAACUCAGCAAGUGGUGGCAGUGCCUGAUCAAAUAGAUGAGGCGACGGAGUACAUCAAAAGGCUGGAGGAAAAAGUGAAGAAGGCGAAGGAGAAGAAAGAAAGGAUAAUGGAAAGUAAGAGAAGUGGAAGUGGUUUAUCGAGUGGUUUUGAAACAAGAGGAAGCGAAAAGCCGCCAAAAAUGGAGAUUCAUGUAAAGGGUUCUGUGCUUCAAGUCAUUCUAACAUGUGGGGUCGAUAACCACUUUGUUUUCUGUGAAAUUAUCAGAAUAUUGCGUGAAGAGAAUGUUGAGGUAAUCACUACCAGUUAUACAAUUGUUGGAGAUUCAGUGAUUCAUGUCGUGCACGGGGAGGUUGGGCAAUCUAUGAUCCAUUCUGGAGCUAGCAAAGUGAGUGAGAAGCUGAAAUGGUUCCUAAACGGAUCCAUCUCUAAUGUAGAAAUGGAGCCUGGAACCUUAUGGGGUUCUGAAAUUGGAGCUACUCUUCCAUGGGUUCUUCUAGAUCCUACCCCACACAAUGCCUUACAACCAAAUCCUUAG